ACGUGGUUAAGUCAGCUGAAGCUAGCCGGACGGCCGUGAGUUUUCCUUCUGCAGCUAGAAAUCUGACGGUCUGACAGGAUGCCUUUCUCUGAGCUGUAUUUUAAUGUCGAUAACGGAUAUCUGGAGGGUCUGGUUAGAGGGUUCAAAGCUGGAAUAUUGUCCCAAGCUGAUUAUUUAAACCUGGUUCAAUGCGAGACUCUGGAAGACCUGAAGCUUCACCUGCAGAGCACUGACUAUGGCAGCUUCCUGGCUAACGAGGCUUCUCCUCUCACAGUUUCUGUCAUUGAUGACAAACUCAAGGAGAAGAUGGUGGUGGAGUUUCGCCACAUGAGGAACCAGUCAUACGAGCCACUGGCCAGCUUCAUGGAUUUUAUAACGUACAGUUAUAUGAUCGAUAACGUCAUCCUGCUGAUCACGGGCACGCUGCACCAGAGAGCCAUCUCUGAACUCGUGCCAAAGUGUCACCCGCUGGGCAGCUUCGAGCAGAUGGAGGCGGUCAACAUCGCCCAGACCCCUGCUGAGCUGUAUAACGCCAUCCUGGUGGAUACUCCACUGGCUGCAUUCUUCCAAGACUGUAUAUCUGAGCAGGACUUGGAUGAGAUGAACAUUGAAAUUAUUCGCAACACCCUAUAUAAGGCUUAUUUGGAGGCUUUCUACAAGUUUUGCUCCAACCUGGGAGGAACAACUGCUGACACCAUGUGCCCUAUUUUGGAGUUUGAGGCUGACAGAAGAGCCUUCAUCAUCACCAUCAACUCGUUUGGCACAGAGCUGUCCAAAGAGGACCGAGCCAAGCUCUUCCCCCACUGCGGCAAGCUUUACCCAGAAGGCCUUGCACAGCUGGCUCGUGCUGAUGACUACGAGCAGGUCAAGGCUGUUGCAGAUUAUUAUCCUGAAUACAAACUGCUGUUUGAAGGUGCCGGCAGCAACCCAGGAGAUAAAACUCUGGAGGACCGUUUCUUUGAGCACGAGGUUAAGCUGAACAAGUUGGCCUUCCUCAACCAGUUCCACUUCAGUGUCUUCUACGCCUACGUCAAGCUGAAGGAGCAGGAGUGCAGGAACAUCGUCUGGAUCGCAGAGUGCAUCGCUCAGCGGCACCGUGCCAAAAUCGACAACUACAUUCCAAUCUUUUAACCUUCCUUUUCCUCAUACCGUUCCAUUCUUCCUCUUCCCACCAUCAUUUCAUUCCGUCUUUGGUUUUUUGUCUCAGUGUGAUGGUAAAGAUGCACUUUGAAACAAAAUCUCUUCCAUUAUUCACCUGCUGGUGUAAAUUGGUUUAGUGUAACAGUGUUUAUAGGAUUAUGAUUUGUAGUUGUAAAAUACAUUUGUUCUGAUUAAAGUUUUUAAAUACAAAAGAAUCACAUGAACUCAGGCCCUUUAACAAACAUGGUUUGUCACUAAUUUGACUUUCAAAGGUCUGUAUGUAAACGUGCUGAAGCUCAGUGUGUUUCUUACAGGUCGUGCUGCCCUCUUUACACGUCAGCUGACAAAAUAAACUCAAGUUAUUUGCAAUUUGGUAAAUGCACAAUAUAGUUGACAGGUAGCUAAUUGGAGAAGGUUUUUGUUUUAUUUCCUUUAAGCAGCAGUCUUUUCAUGAUUAUAUUCUCACCCCAGUUUAACACUGUUAAUCUGUCCAAAGAUACAAAUUUUAAAAAGUCAGAUCUGUCCACCUCAAACAUUCCUCUGCUCUGUGUAAAUCCUUCAGGCUGUUAAAACUCAUGUAGUUUUGUCACAGUGCUCGUUUUUGUCUGCAUGUCUGGUAAAUAAUAUUAUUCCCUGACUAAACUAUGAAGUGAUGUGUGAGUCUGAUUUACUGUGGAGAUUAUUGUUAAACAAUAAAAAUAAAACUGAGCAGGAGAUCCGUGCUGCUUUUGUUCCUCUCAAUGAACGAAAUGGAACAAAGCAAAAUCUCAUGAUAUAAAAAUAUGUGAUGUUUAAACUAUAUAAAGAUACAUAGAUAUAUAUUUAAAAAUGACAAUAUGAUUUUUUGUGUUCUCAUGCUGUACAAAUCUUGAUUUAUGACUGUUUCUGUUGUGAACUGUAAAUGUAACAUUAAACUGCUUUGUUGCAGGUCAGAAGAAA